AAGCGCAGCAGGUCACACAGCAUCCAAGGAGCAGGAGAAUCGACAUUUCGGGCAUGAGCCCUUCUUCAGGAAUGAGGAGAGUGUGCAAGCAGGCUAAGAUAAAAGAUGCCUUGCUGGCUGACCUAGAGUCAACAACUUCGCAUAUUUCAAAAAGGCCCAUUUUUAUCCCGGAGGAGACUCCAUAUUCCUAUCCAACAGGAAGCCAUAUUUGCCAGGACGUAUCUGUGGCUCCACCAGUGCCACCACCCCCCUCUGCUGAUGCUUUGAAUGGAGUAAUCAUUGAUACAGUUGAACAGUGGCAGUCUCCUGUUUCACGAUAUCCACAACAGCAGGGUUAUCAAGAAGAGGGCUCCCCUUCUACUGGAGUGGCCAACUCUCCCAAGCAGACAUACCCACCAAAUGUGAAAGGCAACUCUUCUCUCUCACAAGACUCUGUUAGUCCUCCUGCUCCACGUUCCUCUGAGGAAGACCACGUUUACAGUUUCCCCAACAAGACAAAGUCCUCAGAAUCUUCACCAGUUGUCAUGACCUCUGCUCUGGGCAGCAACCUCUCAGAACUGGAUCGUCUCCUACUGGAACUGAAUGUAGUGCAAAGCAACUCACCCAGCAACUUUGCAACCGAGGAAUCCAACCGCAGUUCCCAUCAUGCUCCAGUGACUGGCUCUCAAUAUACUGGUCAGGAAAAUGGAACUCAAGUGGGGAAGAAGGUGCCUCCCCCAACAAAAGAAAAGCCCAAGAGAAAUGGUAGUCGAGGAAUUGAGGAUGUGCGACCCAGUGUGGAAAGCUUAUUGGAUGAACUGGAGAGCUCAGUUCCCAGUCCAAGUCCUGCAACAGCUGUGUCUCCUGUGGAAGGACCACCCUCUCAGCGUGACACUCCUACUCAACAACAGGCCCGCAUUUCUGCAUCCUCAGCAACUCGUGAGCUCGAUGAGUUGAUGGAAUCCCUCUCUGUUUUCAAUAUGAUGACACAGUCAGGAUCUAAAGGAAAGCAUGGUGGUUCUUCCACAGUAGCAGGGCCUCAAAAAGCUGGAAGCCAGCUCGAUAACAUGCUGGAUGAACUGCAUGUUGGACUGAAUAAGUUGGGAGUUGCGACUGUUGCAAAAGGAGUGUGUGCUGCAUGCAAGAAGCCUAUUGCUGGGCAGGUUGUUACAGCGAUGGGUCGUACCUGGCAUCCAGAGCACUUUGUCUGUACCCAUUGCCAAGAAGAGAUUGGUUCUCGAAAUUUCUUUGAGCGAGAUGGACAGCCAUACUGUGAGAAAGACUACCACAAUCUAUUCUCCCCCCGCUGUUACUACUGCAAUGGACCCAUUCUGGAUAAAGUGGUGACAGCACUGGAUAAAACUUGGCAUCCUGAACAUUUCUUCUGUGCCCAGUGCGGAGCCUUCUUUGGACCAGAUGGAUUCCAUGAAAAAGAUGGAAAGGCCUAUUGUCGCAAAGAUUACUUUGAUAUGUUUGCCCCUAAGUGUGGUGGCUGUGCACGGGCUAUUCUGGAAAACUAUAUCUCAGCCCUCAAUUCACUGUGGCACCCAGAGUGCUUUGUCUGUCGGGAAUGUUUCACCCCAUUUAUAAAUGGCAGCUUUUUCGAACAUGAGGGGCAGCCAUACUGUGAGAUGCAUUACCAUGAACGUCGCAAUUCGCUUUGCUCGGGAUGCCAGAAGCCUAUCACAGGACGGUGUAUCACUGCCAUGGGGAAGAAGUUUCACCCAGAGCAUUUUGUCUGUGCUUUCUGCCUGAAACAACUCAAUAAGGGCACCUUCAAGGAACAAAAUGACAAACCCUACUGUCACAACUGCUUUGUCAAGCUCUUUUGUUAGAUCCAUCCCAACAGCCACUUGUUCAGUUCAAUCAUUCCUGCCAUUCCAGAAAUUCUCACCCACAUACAUGCCAACGGAAGCGUCAACUCCAGCUUAUAGGGGUUGUACAGAUCUUGGACUGAACUAAAUGCUUACUUUCUAGAUGAAUCACCUUUCCUUUAGAGACUAAGAAAAAUCAAAUUUUCUGAAUGAGGUGGUAAGAGUGCCAUAAUGCCCCCUUUUUUCACUCCCCGCGCCCCCCUCACCCCAAAAAAGACUCUAAGAAAGUAGCCUUCAUUGUAGGUUGGUUGAAGAAUCCAAUGAAUGGAGUCCACAAUCGGCAAUAGAAACUAAAUCUUGAUGAAGAUUGAUCUCUAUUCAGUUCAGCUCUUGCUAGAACUGCACAGACCAUUUUAUCCUCGCAACAUCACUGACAGCAAUACAGAGUAAAUGUAAUGCUGGUGGUUUUGUGUAGUAAAGAUAAACUAAACACUGAGUACUUUUAACUAUAACUGAACAAACCCUGAAGAACUUGGUAAAACACCAGAGCAACCCUAAAAUGAUCCCAGUUAAACUGGAAGCAAGUCUCCAAGAAGCUUUGUGAAAUGUGGAUGAUGGUACUGGAAAGCAGAGGUAUCUUUUGAGAAAGUUCACUUUGUUGUACACCAGUUUCUCCAUGAUAUCAGUAAUGCCUUUGAUUGUAACAGAAGCAAUAAUAUUUCUCAGCAAUGGCCACAAUCUCACUGUUCUAUGUAGGUGCACAGGAGAGCCUCCUGUAUUUGAUAGAAACUUUACAGUACUGUACCUUUUUAUCUUCUGGGUUCAGUUAUCAAAUAUGUCUUGGAAUUCUGAACUUUCAUUUUAGAGCUUUGUGAUUUUAAAACCAUGGCAACCACUUUUGUAAGCUGCACAUCAGAUGUGUAGGAGAUGCUAGCACAUUAUAGAGUUGGUAUUUUUUGUGCUUUCUUACAAUACUAAUGACUGAUUCUUAAUUGGAAAACCCGAAGGACUGUUAGACCGGACAUUGCUGUUCAAUCUUUUAUAGCACAAAACUGGUUUUAGUCUUUGAGGCAUGUCCUAAGCAAAGUCCACGAACAGGACAUUUUACAUUUGUGAGCCUGCUGUAUUUUUAUCAAGUUCCUCCAUUGCCUAAUUUGCCAAUAAUUUAUCUUUUUAUGAGAAGUCUUAAUUCCUGCUGUGGAGCUUUUGGGUCUUCCCUGAAAAUGUGUUAUAAUAUUUUAUCUUUCAUCUUAUGAAUAAUUCACUUUUAAAAAGAAUGAUGAUAACAACAGAGGUUAUAAUCAUUGUAGUGCCAUUUUGAUCAGGUGCAAUCAGUCCAACUGAAGCCUAAUUAAACCAGUGUUUACAUUGCAUUGAGUUCAAUCUGCCAUUAAACCAAAGGGAAUCAUGUAAGAAUGAAAGAAACUAAUGUAAGGAAAUAGUCCUGAUUCCUGCCCCCUGAUCAAUGAUAAUUAAUUACCUGUGUUUAACCACAUCUUGUACAAUCUUUAAUCAUGGCUUGCACAUAUAAUCUUUUGUUUUUUUUUGCCAAUAAAAGUUGCUUUUCACUUUA